AUGACAGCGGCCAAGAAGCUCAUAGUCUGUGGAGGCAACGGCUUCUUGGGCUCCCGCAUCUGCAAAUAUGCCGUAGCCAGAGGCUGGGAUGUGACAUCAAUCAGUCGCUCGGGCGAGCCUCGAUGGGACACAGUAUCGUCAUCUGCAACACCCCCUCCAUGGGCUCACAAAGUAUCCUGGGAGCGCGCCGACAUCCUCGAGCCUUCAACAUACGCACCUCUGCUCAAAGGCUCAGACUACGUCGUCCACAGCCUCGGCAUCCUCCUCGAGGCAGACUACAAAGGCGUCAUCUCAGGCCGCGAGUCUCCCAUCACAGGGCUACAAAAGGCCUUUGCUUCGGCCCGGGACAGGGGCGUCGACCCCAUCCACAGUCAGCCCGGAGCAGCCAUCAAGCCUCCCAACCCCAAGGAUCAGCUGUCGUACGAAGUCAUGAACCGCGAUAGCGCCAUCUCACUAGCCAAGCACGCCGCUGCCGAAAACACCAGUGCCUUCUGCUACAUUUCCGCCGCGGCCGGGGCGCCGGUCUUGCCUCAGCGAUACAUUUCCACCAAGAGAGAGGCCGAGAAUGCCAUCGCCACCAACUUCCCCGAGAUGCGCGGCAUCUUCAUGCGGCCUCCGUUCAUGUAUGACAGCUCACGCAAGAUCACCAUGGGCAUCGCUGCGGCAGCCGGCGCGGCGUCCGUCUUCAACAGCUUGACAGGAAACAUCCUCAAGGGCUUCAUGGGCGCGGCAGGGACCAAGCCUCUCCAGGUUGAGACGGUUGCAGAAGCCGUCGUCGAGGCACUUGCAGAUGAAACGAUAAAGGGUCCAGUCGAACUGAAGCAGAUUGAGGAGCUUGCAGCAAAGGGCUGGAGGAAGACAAUGCUGUAA